AUGGGCAAAUCACAGGGACUGUUCUCGGUCACGAUCUCCGCCAAACGGAAGCCGGGCAUGGACGAAGAUGCUUAUCACAAGUACAUCAGCGAGACGCACGCCGGACAUCUGAAACAUCUCCUCGUGGAGAAGAAAAUCGUCGAUUACACAAUGGACAUCGAGAAUCUAUUUCCCAAUCUGCCUUCCAUCAACCGCUCUCCUUAUGACGCAUUUGUCACGAUUGUAUUCCGCAACAUUGAAGACUACGUUAGUGUGAAAAACGAUCCGCACUACAUGAGUGUCGUAAACCCAGAUCACGGCAACUUUGCGGACGGACCAAGCACGAUGAUGUCUUUUGGCUGGUUCGAGAAACAUGUGGCAGAUGGCAAGCUUGUGGAAGGCUAG